UUACUGAAUGCGACCAAUUGCUAAUUUGUCACGGUGUGAAAGAAGAAGAACGCGGAACUAACCCCGGUGAUUUAUCGAUGUCGAUUGAAAACGUCGGAAAAACCCGCGGCGUCAUCAAAAUGUAACCGCAACGUCGGUAAGAAUGGACGAGACCAUCGAAGUGCACCCUUUGUCGGCUAGCCCGACGGCCGCGUGGAAAGAAAUCGGCCAAACGCAAAAGGUACUCAAGCUCAACGUCAAAGUGCCGUCGGCGGCGGUCGGUUUCGACAAAGUACGUUUCGUGUGCAUGAGCGACACGCAUUCCCUCAUCCGAUAUAUGACGUUCGGCGUGCCCGACGGCGACGUUUUCGUACACGCGGGCGAUUUCACGCGCUGCGGUCAGAAGGAUGAAGUCGUGCAGUUUGACGCCUGGCUCGGCACGCUGCCGCACAAACACAAGAUCGUGAUCGCCGGCAAUCACGAACUCAGCUUCGACAAGAGGUUCGUCGACAAGUUCAAGGCGAAGAGCGGCGCGGACGAGGGCGAAGUGCCCAAUUACGGCAAGACGCAGGACAAUAUACGCGACGCUGUCAACACGGACAACGUUAAACGCUUGCUGACCAACUGCACGUACUUGGAAGACUCGGGCGUCGAAGUGUACGGCCUCAAAGUGUACGGAACUCCUUGGCAACCCGAGUUUGGCAAUUGGGCUUUCAAUUUGCCCCGCGGCUCCGCUUGCUUGGAAAAAUGGGACCAGAUUCCCGCGGGAGUCGACGUGUUGGUGACUCACACUCCUCCGCUCGGUCACGGCGAUCUGGUCUGCUCCGGGGUGAGGGCGGGAUGCGUCGAGCUCCUCGCCACCGUCCAGAGACGGGUCAAGCCCAAGUACCACGUCUUCGGACACAUUCACGAAGGUUAUGGGGUGACGUCCGACGGAAAAAUCAUUUACGUAAACGCUUCCACGUGCGACAUCAAUUACUUCCCUCGCAACUUGCCGGUCGUCUUCGACGUGCCGCUGCCUCCGGGAUACACGAAAAAUUAGCGUUUGAGCUUGUUAUUUUUGUAUAUUUUGUUUUUAUUGUUAUUUUGUAACCAAUAAACUUAAGGCAUUUUAUUUACAUUUCCUCUAUAUCAGUUCAGCAUGACAAUAAAAAAUAAAAAGUCGAAGGUUUAUCACGACGUUGUUGCUAAAAAAAAUGUUAAAAAAUGACUGU